AUGGUUCUUAAGCACCAUCAUUGUUAUACUCCAAUAAUCUACGGAGACCCCAACUCACCAUAUCCUCGUGUUCAAGAUCACUAUCCAACCCCGCAUCCUAAUACCCAGCGACACACCCCUUUGCCCUCAAACUCAACCUCGCGAUUCUCCAGGCAGCCUUCACAGCGCUCAGAAAGGACCGUAUAUGCAAACACCCAUGUCCCACCCGAUCCAGCAUUUACCCAGUGGAAUGCCGCGGUCCCUGUGCCUCGAGGCCGACAUGCCUUUUACAGCCCGGGGCAAUCGAUCUCAAGCUUGAGCUCACGUUCACGAGACUUGCCCCCCACUCACGCUCAGACUCUGGCUGCACGUAGGCCUCAUGACCACCAGGAGGGAUCGCAGCAAAUGGGAUUCGGGAAGUCAAGGAAGCUCAGGGGGAUAAGCGCGGUUCGGAGCCAGCCUCGUGCCCGAGGUUUAUAUAACAACCCCCUCGAUGCACCUAGGCCGGUUGAGCUUUACACGCACCCUCUAGGACAGGUUCCUGAUAAUCUAUUUACUCGAGUCUCUACCUUUCCCCAGACCUACCAGCUACGCCCCUACGAGGACAGUCCACCGUUUGUCCCUCCCAAGUCCAGACUCCCGCACAAACUAGCUCGGGCUUGGAGAAGAAUUUGGAACUGA